GUUCAUUGCAUCUCAAUUUCAAUUCUUCAUUCUCCUACCUUUCGGUCAACCCGCAGCGAUUCAGAUUCGGAUCUUAUCGUUUUUUUCUCUCACCCCCGCCGCCCCUGCUCCCUCCUUACCUGCCUUUUGUUUGCUGGUCUACCUGUUUGUAUUACCGCCUUAGGACUUCUAGGACAAGCAAAACAUCUUGGAAGAGCUUGCUUGAGUCACUUCGGGUAGGAUAACUAAAGAGAUAGCGGCCAUCCGAAUUAACUUACACGAACGGCCCCUUUUCGGAUACUUCCUGACUGCUACUCAGGCUUAGAGCUAUAUUUCUCUCGCCAUAGAGAUCCCGCCUGGAGUUCUAGAUAUAUCUUCGCUUCAGUAUCUAUUGCCGAAGCGUGAAAAAGAGUCAGAGGCAAACUAUUUUUGUUUUAGGUUCCCGGUGGUUCUUAAUAAUAUCCUUCCUCCGUUUUCAAGGGGUCAGAUUGCAUUCUUUCUAUUUGGCAAGAGUGAGAAACCGGAGUAUUUGAGAAGAGCAAGAGGGAAGAGAAAGCAAGACAUCAUACAAAUCUGCCGAUAAUACACACCUGUCGAUUCCUAUAUAUCAAUGGCGAUGGUACAUAGUGGAUUUGGCAGCGGCAACCGCCCUCUGCGCUUUGCCCCUGCAUACAAAGCCUUCCCCUCCGAGACCAACAAACGAGAUGUCACCGCUAAGAAAAUCAGAGACACCAUCUCAAGCGGCGAGAAUCUCGCUACCUUCAGAGCUUCUGAACCUUCGUCUGAUUCCCCCAUCGAUUGGAUACCUAGCUACCAAUCAUACCUCCAUCGAUCACAACGGCGGCUGAAGCAAGGCGGUCUUACAGAUGCCCUACCUGCGGGGUUUCCCGCAAGGGUUGAAUCUCCGCUAGCUUGGUCUGGAAAUCAGCUGAAGAAGGAGGAUUACACCGUCACAUUGUCGGAGGAUGAGAUUCUGGAAAUUGAGAGGGGUUUACGAGAUUUUAAGGAAUCGAAGCUCCCUAUAUCCCUUAUCACUCGCCAGACGUUCCAACUCCCAACACUCGGCCCUCGGCUUAUUGUUUUGGGCGCCUCUUUGUACAGCGGAAGGGGUUUCUUUGUGCUUCGUGGCCUGAACCCAAAGAAGUACUCGAGCGAAGAAAACGUCCUGAUAUAUGUUGGAAUUUCCUGCUGGGUUGCAGAGAAGCGGGGCAGACAAGAUGAGCAUAAUAACAUGCUACGUAUAAACCCCUUUCCCUUCCAGUGCAGGAAGCCUAAGCGGGCCCGACUGCAGCCCUACCACACGGACAUUGGCGAUAUACUUGCAUUAUAUACUCUAGGACAGGCCUAUAAAGGUGGAAGGAGUAAACUGGCAUCGACCGGAGCAAUCUAUAACGAGUUGGCAGAAACAAGACCUGAUCAUAUUGACACUCUCCGAUCUCCUGAGUGGGUUUUUGAUACAUUCGGAAGGACUGGUGAACCCUACUACAAACGGCCAUUAUUGUUCAACCAAGACGGGAAAAUGGUCUUCGCAUUUUCGCGCCGCAUCCUAACAGGUUCCAAAGUCUCGCCUCGUACCAAGGGAAUUCCGGUCAUGACGGACGCACAAGCAGAUGCAUUAGAUGCCGUCCACUUCACAGCCGACAAACAUGCAUUGACAUUAGAUGAUGGUCAGCUAGGUGAUAUUCUGUUCUGGAACAACAUGAGUAUCGUACACGCAAGGCAGGGAUUUGUCGACGGCGGCCCGAUGAACCAGAAGCGGCACCUGCUGAGAUUAUGGUUGCGGAAUGAGGAGCUGGCGUGGAAAACUCCGGAGGUUUUGCGAUCAGCUUGGAACGUUGCCUACGGAAGUGAUGACGUCUCGGAAGAAAAAUGGCCUAUUGAACCAAUUCUGGACCGCGACCAUGUAACGACGCAGCGCAGAUCAUCCGGGCACGGUUAG